UUCUCUCUCUUAUUCUUCUUACAAUCUUCUUCUUCCUUCACUCAAGAGUCCUCACUUCACUCUCUCUUUCUCACUCUUCUCACUUUCUCUCUCCUCGAGACGACCAAAAUACUUCAGAUCUAACUACCCAGAAAACCCCAAGCAUUUCAUAAUUGUCUGUAAUAGGCUUUUUCUUCAAUGGCAGUGGCAGAUGCAGAAAAUCCUCUUACAGGAGAAACCACUUGUGGGUCUCUACUACAGCAGUUACAGCGAAUAUGGGAUGAAGUUGGUGAAAGUGAUGAGGAUAGGGACAAGAUGCUUCUUCAGAUAGAACAGGAAUGCCUGGAUGUUUACAAAAGAAAAGUUGAUUUGGCUGUUAAAUCAAGAGCUCAGCUUCUCCAGACCUUGGCCGAUGCUAAUGUUGAACUUUCUACCCUCUUUUCUGCUCUUGGAGACAAAACUGCUGUCGGAAUGCCUGAAAAAACAUCUGGAACAAUUAAGGAACAACUUGCAGCAGUUGCACCAACAUUGGAGAAGCUGUGUAAACAAAAAGAGUAUAGGUUGAGAGAGUUCUCUGAUGUACUGAGACAGAUUCAGGAAAUUAGUGGAGAAAUUGCUGGGAAGUUGAAUGUGAAUGAUGCACCAGUAGUUGAUGAAUCGGAUUUAUCCCUACCGAAGUUAGAGGAAUAUUAUGCUCAACUUCAAGAUCUUCAAAAAGAAAAGAGUGAAAGGCUGCACAAGGUCUUGGAAUUUGUGAGCACUGUACAUGAUCUUUGUUCUGUCCUUGGUAUGGACUUCUACAGCACCGUGACUGAAGUGCACCCAAGCUUGAAUGACUCUAAUGGUGUGCAGUCAAAAAGCAUUAGUGAUGAAACACUGUCUAAGCUUGCUGAGACAGUUGUUGCUCUAGAAGAGGACAAAAAACAGAGGCUUCAUAAGCUUCAAGAGUUAGCUAAUCAAUUAACUGAUCUUUGGAAUCUAAUGGACACUCCUGAAGAAGAGCGACAAUUGUUUGACCAUGUUACAUGUAACAUAUCAGCCUCAGUGGAUGAAGUGACCAUUCCAGGUGCUCUUGCUCUGGACCUGAUUGAGCAGGCUGAGGUUGAGGUAGAGAGGCUUGAUCAUCUAAAGUUUAGUCGGAUGAAGGAAAUUGCCUUCAAGAAGCAGGGUGAACUUGAGGAGAUAUAUGCCCGUGCACAUAUAGAAAUUGACACAGAAGCUGCUCGGGAAAAGAUUUUGGCAAUUAUUGAUGCUGGGAAUGUUGAGCCCUCAGAUUUGAUUGCUGACAUGGAUAGUCAGAUCUUGAAGGCCAAAGAAGAGGCUCUUAGUAGAAAAGAGAUACUGGACAGGGUUGAAAAAUGGAUGUCAGCUUGUGAAGAAGAGAGUUGGCUUGAAGACUACAACCGGGAUGACAACAGAUAUAAUGCUAGCAGGGGUGCUCACUUAAAUCUUAAGCGGGCAGAGAAAGCCAGAAUUUUGGUGAACAAAAUCCCAGUGAUGGUUGAGACUCUUGUUGCCAAAACUCGCACGUGGGAAGAUGACAGGGGUCUGACAUUCACUUAUGAUGGGGUUCCCCUGCUUGCUAUGCUGGAUGAAUAUGCCAUGCUCAGGCACGAAAGAGAGGAGGAGAAACGGAGGUUGAGGGAUCAAAAGAAAUAUGUUGAGCAGGUAAGCACAGAUCAGGAAACUGCUUUCAGUUCAAGACCUAGCCCUGCUAGACCUGGUAGUGCCAAUAAGAAAGGACCACGUGCAAAUGGAGGCCCCAACGGGACUCCUAAUCGUCGACUCUCUCUAAACAGCCACCAAAAUGGAACUCGAUCAUCGAAAGAGGGUAAGAUCAGGCCAGCAGCUCCAGUGAAUUAUGUUUCCGUAUCGAAAGAUGAUGCUUCCUCCCACAUCUCUGCCUCAGACUCUAUUCCUGUUACGCCUUAAUAGUUGAAAUUAGAAGAGAUAAUCUGUAGGUUUGUUGUCAUAGCGUAGUUUUAGUUCACUGUCGUAGGAUGAUAAAUGUGAACAGUAAGGUGUAAUGAGAGUAUUUAGUAUAUACUGGGAACUAUGUGUGUUAUAUUGACAUUAAGAAGCUUACUAAUUCAUGCUGUACUAUUUCCCAUUUUCCCAUGUUAGUUGGUUGCGAAACCUCUGGGAUAACCAAGUCCCAUGCCUUCGAAGAUUUUUGUUCACAGAGCAUCAGUAACAGAGAAAUUCUUCUCACAUGUUGUAUAACUGUAUAAGCUAUAACUUUUUACUUCUACUCA